UAUAUAAUUCUCCUCCCCCCCCUUCUUUUUUAUUUAUUAAUUUGUAUUUAGUUUAUCUUUUAUUUUUUUUCUUCUUUUUAAAUAAAAUAUGAAAAGCAUUCGACUUCAUUUUAAAAGACAAUUCGAUUAUCAAUACACGUUAAACGAUCUAGACAAUUUUCCAAUACAAGAAUUUCAAGCAAUGAUUGGACUCCUAAACAAAUAUGUUUAUCAAAGACCAUUGCCAGGUCCAAACUUACUAUGGACUUGUAGUUUAAUUUUAUUUUUUACCGCUGCUAGUAUUUUAUUUUAUCUUUUAUGGCUUCAAUUUCAUCAGCUCUAUUUAAUUGGCAUAUUAUUACCUACUUUUAUUCUUCUUAUUACUUUGUAUUUAUUAUGUUUAUAUCAGUACAAGAGAAAAAAAUUUGAAGAAAACAUUCUCGAGAUAUGCAGUCAACUUAAUGCAGUUGAAAAUAUACGUGGCAUUAAUUUCAAAUUUAUGAAAAAUAAUGUAGAUGUGACACAUGUACGAAUCAAAAAAUCACUCUCGACUUUUAUUAAUAAAGUCCCAACUUAUGCUAUUAUUGUCGAGUUUGAUGAUAGAUUUAUUGCUUUAAAAAAGCAACAAAGAUAUUCAACAUCAACAACACUAGCAGAAUAUGACGAUUGUAACAAAGUAUCUAAACCUGAACAAGCUUAUCUAUUUGAUCAAAAAACGGAGCUCUGUUAAGUUAUAUGUGCAUAAAAUCCAAAAGAUAUAACAAGCUAUUCAUUAUUUAAAGCGCACAAGCACGAAAAAAAAAAAUCAUUUCUUAUCUAACAACUUAUUAUAUUAGACUUUUUUUUUUCAUUUUACAGAGUAAUAAAGGACGUUGUUGUACAUUUAUCUUAAUAAAUGUAUGUAAGGAGAGGCCAUAUUUAAAUAAUUAUUUGUACGUAUUUUUGGAUGUAUUAUCAUGUUUUUAAGAUACUUAAAGUAUUCUUACAUGU